CUUAAGAAUAACUCUUAAGAACCAUGUAUAACCAGAUCUCUCACACUGAACUGUACAAAUCGUGCAAUGGUCAGCCCGCUAAACCCCACCUGGUUAGCCUCCACGCCGACCUGAUCUUGCAGCUCCUUCAAUACUCAAUCGUGCAAUAGGGUGGAAUCCACCAUCCCUUGAUUAGUAUUGGAUAACCUCCACCAGAUUGUGCAAUAGGUCAACUUUACAGUCUCCCUAAUCCUGGUCUUCGGAUGGCAGUCACUACUCUGACUCCGUCCGGGACACACCUCAUAACAUUACAACCAGAUUGUGCAAUAGAUUGGAAUCCACCAAUCUGACCCUGGCCUAAUGAUAACUCACUCUACCAGAUUGUGCAAUAGGGGUUGGACGUAACCAUCCCUAAUCCUGGUUUAUAACAACACGUGAUCGGAGUUCAUGAUACAUGGCAUAGUACGCGUUCUAGUUUUAACUACAUUACUAAUAUUGACUACAAAUACUCUGUGAGAACCACACUCACCAAAUUUACGCCUUCGUUCUGCUCUGUCAGGAUUGAAUUUGUGGACUUUAAGUCAAUCUAUCGGAUAAUUAAAACGGCAUGUCAAUAUUUUAAGUAGCAUAAAAGUUAUGAACCGAACACACACCCGUGGGUCACGCAGUAUGGUCCUUCGAGCCGGAAAUAAACAAGAAUUAUGAAAAUAACUUAUUCUUGAGCAAGACUCUUCCCUUGUAAAAAUGUUUUUUUCAUUGAUUGUAAGUUAAUUAAUCGAACAAAAUCAAUAAAUUUUACACAUAAUUAGAUUAAAUGUGAGAGGAAGCCAUUUAAAGCAAUCAUUGUGUGUAUUUAAAAUUCAAACAUCAUGGACUCAAUACUAAGGGAGGGUGUUACCAAAAUUGGAGGUUUCCGAUAUGAAAAUGGCGCCGUUUAUGUCGGUUCAUGGAAUAAAAAUGGCCUUCGUCACGGUUACGGUCACUUGAAAUUUCGAAAUGGUAACAGAUAUGAUGGUUUUUUUGAAGAUGGGUUGUUUCAUGGUUUAGGAAUGUUGACAUUUUCAGACGGUGCAAAAUAUGAAGGUGAAUUUGCGAAUGGAUGGUUUCAUGGUUAUGGGAUAUUUUGGAGAGCGGAUGGUAUGAGACAUGAAGGACAGUUUUGUGGAGGUAAAAUGUGGGGUUUAGGUUUAACCACGUUCAAGGAUGGAUCUAAUGGGUUUCCGAGAUAUGAAGGCUUUUUCCAAGACUGCAAGAUUUUGAAAAAAAUUAAAUGUCCUGAGGCUGUGCAAAAAGCCCAGAAAAUUGCAUUUAUGGCCAGGAAUUAUAAAGAAUAA